CAGCGCCUUUUACGGCGCCGUAAAGCAGCUGGGCCCGAGGCGGUGCCGCGGUUCCGGGUGAGACCCUGCCGGCGGCUGACCCCCUACCGGUGGUGCGCGUCGUCUCUUCCCGGCCCUUCCCCGCGGGUCUGGCGGCCGAGGCAUGGAGGCGCGCUUCACGCGCGGGAAGUCUGCGCUGCUGGAGCGCGCGCUGGCGAGGCCGCGCACCGAGGUGAGCCUCAGCGCCUUCGCGCUGCUCUUCUCCGAGCUGGUGCAGCACUGCCAGAGCCGCGUCUUCUCGGUGGCCGAGCUGCAGGCGCGCUUGGCCGCGCUGGGCCGCCAGGUGGGCGCGCGCGUGCUGGAUGCGCUGGUGGCGCGGGAGAAGGGUGCUCGCCGCGAGACCAAGGUGCUCGGAGCGUUGCUGUUUGUCAAGGGGGCCGUGUGGAAGGCGCUCUUCGGCAAGGAGGCCGACAAGCUGGAGCAGGCCAACGAUGACGCCCGCACCUUCUACAUUAUCGAGCGGGAGCCGCUCAUCAACACCUACAUCUCCGUGCCCAAGGAGAACAGCACGCUCAACUGCGCCAGCUUCACGGCAGGCAUCGUGGAGGCCGUGCUCACGCACAGCGGCUUUCCCGCCAAGGUCACGGCACACUGGCACAAGGGGACUACGCUCAUGAUCAAGUUCGAGGAGGCUGUCAUCGCCAGAGAUCGCGCCCUGGAGGGCCGCUGAAGCCCUGGGAGAUAAAGGAUGCAGAGAGCCUGCCUUCCCAA